GCUCUUCAGGGGGCUCUGGCUGAAGAGUGCAAGUGCUUCCCAGAGAUGCCAAUCACCACGCGGUUCUGGACGCUUUUCGGCUUGUGCUGCUUCACUGCCUGCUUCCGACUAGCCUUCAGCUGCCCGCCUACGAAGUCACUGCUGCACAUCAGCAAUUCGCCUCAGUUUUAUCUCGACGAGUGCACUCAGCAUAUUGGGGGGGGUUAGAGCCUGGUUCUGAACAGUGGACUCUGAAGUUUGACUUCACCCUCGGUCCUGGUAAGAGGAUUGAGAAUAAAAAAGGCACGCCUCUUCCAACGCCUGACGAUGGCUUCUGGUUGAAGUCGGCACACCUUGUGGUUACAGAGAAGACGGGUACCCAGCUUCUUGCGUGGCCCCCCAUUCACGUGCAUCACAUCGUGUGCAGGUCCAAUUUCGCAGACAUGUGGUAUGAGCAGGAAGUGUUUGAGCACCAGGCUGUUUUUCUUCACGCGGCUGGCUCUCUGGGCAUGAACGAGUAUCUCAAGCGCUACGAAUCAUUGAAUGAGACGGACGGUUGGGCACAGUAUUUCCCCGCUCAGACCAAAAUCACUUGUGGAUGGCGCGUGGAUGAUGAUCGAUUGGUGGGGGACUUUGAGGAAUACAAGCUAGUUCUUAACAUGGAUGUUGUCAUUGAUGCUGAUAGACGUUACGGUUUCCGGCCGCUCAGCAGCUUUUUUUGGGAAGGCGUUACUACAGGGCAGAUAGGGUACAAUUUGCCAACCGGAACCACUACAGUCUUCUCGAAAAAAUACGAAGCACCAGCGGCAGGCUCGUUUGAUCCAUACGGUUUUUCUGCUCACACGCAUCCAGGAGGGAAGUCACUUAAGUUCAUCGCGAAACGCUUGGGUGGCCAAUCUUUUGCUACGCCUCAGAGCCUCUUCACACUGGAGUUUCGCUCGUUGACUGUGGAACCAGGGUCGCAAAGCCAGGAGCUGAAUGUGCAACCCGGCGAGUACUUACGACUACCUACUCUGGACUGGAGCGAAAUAGGAUUGAAAUGGUUUAUUGGCAGCAUUUCCGCGUCAGGAGUCGACAGCAACAGACAUUGUGCGUUUCAAAAGGGAGACAUAUUUUACUUGGAGGCGGUUCAUGAUAUUCAUGAUGUCAAAAAGGGGGUGAAGGACAUGAUGUCGCUGAAGGGGGUUGUGCUUUGGGAUGACCCGCCACAGUUGACCUUUGCCCCAGGAAAGUGGAGUUUUUCAGGGUUCUUGCGCAACCAGCUAUUUGGUCAGGCCUUCGCUCCUCAUGAUCUGCUCGCCCAAAUCCCGCAAAAGGUCGACCAGACCGCAAUGCUUGAGUUGCACUCGAGAUGGCCGCUGUUGUUUUGUCAUCCAGACAGAGUUGCCGACGCAAAGUACGUUCGUUGCCAUCGUAACACUGUUGAUCAGAUAUUGUCUAAAUAUCCUUCGGUAAACGACAUCGACACGGCAAUGCUUGCAAAAGUGCACAAGUCUUGCGACCGUUUCUGAUCCUGGGGCGCCUUGGAUGCUGUGUGGCAGCCAGGCUACCGCUGCUGCACCGCGCUUGCCUUUGCGCAACAAGAAAACAAAACAGCCCCACAGCGCCUCACGACGGCCCAGCGAGGCCCAGAGAGGCUUGUACAACGGCUUCCAGAGGUCCAAGAAACAACAAUCGUGCCAUUCCUAUUUUCUCUUAGGGCGUUCGGCUCCGAAGCUGGAAAACACGACCCAGAGCAGGAGGGUUGAGAACAGUACUACCAGCACUGGUGUUUCACUCUUUUGCUUCCUCUUGCUCCUCGAGCCGACAGUCGGCGCCGCGUAUUGACGGUGCACGCGGGCUCAGAGGAGCCCUCGGUCUGCGUCAGGGGCUGCGGCCUGCAGGCCAGAGGGAGCUUAGUUUGCGACGGCAUGGUCUUGGCGUGUCGGGGCCGCUUCGUUUGAAGGGGGCAUAUCUGAUUUGCUCGUUGUAUGGAGUUAGCGGUCCAGCAUGCGAAUCGGAAUCCCCGCCCCUGCAUAUCGAAACAUGCCAACCUAUGCUGUAGUAUGCUGUCUCAUUUACAUACAUAUACAAUUCGCCAUAUGGUUAGAGAGGGUUGGAUACUCCGCCUGGUCAUUUCUCCACAGGCGUGGGUGCUUGAAUCCACCCAGCUGGCUGCCUGAUGCCGACGAGUUGAGCCUGGUACCCCGUCGUUGCGGUGCCGCAAUUCUCAGCAUCUGCCUGGUGCUUGAGCAGCAGCAUAUCUCUCCGUACAUACAUGACCAACACGCCCCAAGAGGGCGCCCGCAUUGGGCAGGAUCCGAGGGGAGCGGUGCUCUGGCGCCGCCUGGACCGCAGAAAGGAGACCCACCUUCUGCAGGCCCACGGCAACCUGGGGCUCCCCUUCACAUUAGCUUGAGCUUGAUGUUCUGCCUUCGCUGUGAGCGUCGCUCCAUUUUCGAUCCAAAUUAUUUGAAGUCCAGCUGUAUGCGCUUGAGCUUGAACUUCCGCUCAACGCGCGAAGCUUCGCUCCAUUGCCAUAAUUUGUGGGAAUGCCGCGCCCCCCUGGGAAUGAAACAAAGGGUAUGUAGGCAGCUGAAGUGGGAUAAUGCGGAAUCCUAUUUCGACCUGCGGCCCUCUGUAUGUUUCAUGGUUGCACGCCGAGUGGAACACGUCCACCGCGUCGACAAUGAACAUACUUUUUCGCGUUGCAUGCCGAGUGGAAUUCGUCCACCGCGCCCGCAACUGCUCCUCUGCCGCGUGGAAUGUGAUUCCAUUGGUCCUCCA